UACAUAGACCGCCUGCGUCGUAAUGCUCCCGGCCUGAGCGACUGGAAGAAGCAAAUCUCAGCCACUGUGGAUUCAGUGCCUCCGAUGACACCCCAGCAGCAGCAGCAGCUCGCCGCGGGCUUCCUCGACACUCCACAGCUACAUGCUCACCACGGCACCAUUAUGGACGCCCUCUGGAGCCUUCGGGAUAACCUACUGAAGGAUUCGCUCAACAUACGCACCCGUGUUCUUGGCAUCGAAGAGUUGUAG